UUUCAAAAGGCACUGCCAGGCAAUUGGCUGUGCUACGUAGCAAUGGCUUCUGCAACUGCUUAUAUUGAUGAUAUGAGGUCCAAGCCUGAUGUUAUUGAUCUUCCUAAAAGUGAAGACAUGCUGGAAAUUUGUGAACAUUCGAAUGAUCCUUCUCAACAUGCUAUAAAACCUAAUGUGACAGUCGCUAGUAGUGUUCGUGAAUUGUUGGAAUGUCCAGUAUGCUUAAAUGCUAUGUAUCCUCCCAUUCAUCAGUGCUCAAACGGCCACACAUUGUGUUCUGGUUGCAAGCCUAGGGUGCACAACCGCUGCCCCACUUGCCGACAUGAACUAGGCAAUAUAAGAUGUCUUGCACUAGAGAAGGUUGCAGCCUCACUUGAACUUCCUUGCAAGUAUCAGAGCUUUGGGUGCAGUGGCAUAUACCCUUACUAUAGCAAGCUAAAGCAUGAAUCACAUUGUGCAUUUAGACCCUACAACUGUCCAUAUGCUGGUUCAGAGUGCACUGUCAUUGGUGAUAUCCCCGAUCUGGUGGCCCACCUGAAAGAUGAUCACAAAGUGGACAUGCACAAUGGCAGUACUUUCAACCAUCGCUACGUAAAAUCUAAUCCACACGAAGUAGAGAACGCCACAUGGAUGUUAACGGUUUUCAGUUGCUUUGGCCAGUAUUUCUGUCUGCACUUUGAGGCAUUCCAGCUUGGUAUGGCACCAGUGUAUAUAGCAUUCUUGCGGUUUAUGGGUGAUGACAAUGAAGCCAAGAAGUACAGUUACAGUCUUGAAGUGGGCGGUAAUGGGAGGAAGAUGAUAUGGCAAGGAGUUCCUAGAAGCAUAAGGGACAGUCAUAGGAAGGUGCGUGACAGUUUUGAUGGCCUCAUUAUCCAACGCAACAUGGCUCUCUUCUUCUCAGGUGGAGACAGGAAGGAGUUGAAGCUGAGGGUGACUGGGAGGAUUUGGAAAGAACAAUGAGGAUCGAAUCGAUCUCACUUAACUGAAUUUUAUUUAGUAGUUUCUCCUGUAAUAUUUACUCUUUCUCUGUCGUCUGUUCAUGUAUUUCCUGGAUCAUUUAAGGCAAAUUCUCUUUGCUUAUGAAUGCAUUGAAUACAUGAGUGGAAGCCAGACAUCAUCAUCUAAAGAUAGUGAUAAAGGAAAGAGAAAUAAAUCGUCCAUGCA